AUGGAGAUAGAGGCUGUUUAUGAAAAUGUUGAACACAAAGACAUUAAUCACACAUUUGGACCUCAAACACAGAAUCACAAGCCAGCAGAAGGAAAAGCUAAAAAAUGCAGAGGAAGUAGAUGUUUGGUGUUGAUCACAGUGGGUCUCGGGCUCAUUUGUGUUCUUCUGCUGGUCUUCAUCAUACUGCUGUACUUCACCAUCACAGCAGAGAGAGACCUGAUAAAGAGUUACAAGAACACAAUUGAAGAGUUACAGGCCAAUUACACUGAUCGAAUGCAGAAGAAAGGUUGGUUUUUCAUGUCCAGUGAGUUGAAGAGCUGGUCUGACAGCAGGCAGUACUGCAGGGAUCAUGGUGCUGAUCUGGUCAUUAUCAACACUGAAGAGAAGCAGAGACACAUAUCUUCAUUAGUCAGUGAGAGAGUGUGGAUUGGUUUGUCACACACAGAGCAGGAGGGCAUCAUGAAAUGGGUGGAUAAUUCAACACCGAAUCAAGGGUUUUGGCUCAAGGGUGAGCCAAAUGACCUUCAUGGAACUGAGGACUGUGUUGAACUGAAUCCUGAAAACCCUAUUCUGAAAAACUGGAAUGAUCUGCCAUGCUCAGGCACAAGACAUUGGAUUUGUGAGAAAUAGGGUUCAUCUAGUCUUGUCAUGCUUUUGCUUGUAUGGUCUUAUGGAAUCAUUCUUAUUGUGAUAUGAGAAUGUAUAAUUUCUGAUUGAGUUUCCUGUCUGUUUUAACUUAUUUCAUCAUAUUAACAGCUUUCAUAUGAAAGGGCACUAUGGCACAACAAACCUCUGAGGUGUUGCUCCAUUAUAGCAGCAUGUUAAUAUAUGUCCUUCCUUAUUUCAGCUGUUAUCAUGAAUCUCACUUGUGGUUUUCGAAGUGUUGCGAUUGCAGUUACUCAUUCUAUUAUGCUGAUAUUAAGUGUCUGUGGAACUGCUUUUUAUUUGCUUUGCUUUCUUUUAUAAUAAAAUUGUUGAUCGACGGUAUUAGCACAGCAUUUUUGUUUUCAUUUCGUAUUCUUGUGCAUCUGCUUCACUGCAUUUGAUGCCCGACUGGAGAGAUUUCCUCCAGAACUGUGCCAAUUAGGUACAAGGUGGAUAUUAUUAAAAGAACAUCUGACUAUUUAAGUGUAUAUGCUGUAGAGUAAGUUGCCAUUUUGGAAGCAGUAGAGUGGAUUGUAGAAAGUGGUGCCAACUUACGAUCAUUAAAUCAGGCACAGCUACAAAUCAUCAAGGCCUCCUCUAUGAUAUUUUAUUUAUUUAUACAACAGCAGUUAGGUAGGGGAAGAAUAUUGCAUUCAUGUGGGUCCCGGCUCAUUCAGGUAUUCCGGGCAAUGAAAGGGCAGACAAGCUUGCAAAAAAGGCAACCAAAUAAGAAAAUGUUGAAAUUAAUAUCAAGUUAUCUAAAUCAAAAGGAAAGAGCAUAGUGUGGAAUGAAACAAUGGACAAAUGGCAGCAGCAGUGGCAUGAAGAAACAAAGGGGAGGCAUUUAUAUUCUAUACAAAACAGAGUGGGUGUAUCAAGAGAUAAUGGUAUGAGUAGGAAAGAACAAGUUCAUUCUAAGCAGAAUGAGAAUGGGGCAUAGCAACCCAAAUGGCACUCUUCAUAUUAUGGGAAAACACACAACAGGAAUGUGCAGCCAGUGUCAGGAGUAUGAGAUGGUUGAGCAUGUUCUAAUAUCUUGCGGGAAAUUUACUCAAGAAAGACAAGAAAUGAUGACCCAGCUACAGAGUUUAGGACGAGUAGAGGCAAAUGUUAAAAGUAUUUUGGAAUGUGCAGAGAAACAAAAAGGCAGAAAAUAUUUAUUAGUUUUUUUUUUUUAAAGAAACUGGACUGGACAAGAGAAUAGACUGUAAAAGAAAUUUAGUACAGUAGGUGGCAGUAAUGCAACAAAUUGGAUGCCAGCUGCCGUAAAACCCCAAAGAAGAGGAAGAUUUCCUCCAGUCCAGCAGGUUGCAGCAGAGAGCAGGUUUAGCAGACUGAAGGGAUCAGAGAAGAAGACAAGAGGAGAAAAUGUGGGAAUGUAGUAAGGCUCUCUUUAGUUUUCUUAAAGAUACAGGGUUACAGCACAGUAUAUAGGUGUGUGUGUGUGUUUUUAUUUUUAUAAUUAUAACUAUGUGAAGUACAUGAAGCCCUGAAGUUGCACACCCCGGUACCGUAGGUGGCGGU